UGUCCCUCCCCAAUAUAUCACUGUAAACAUAACUAUGUAAUUUCAAUAAUAUUAAUAAUACGCAAUGAAAGCACUUGUGCUGAUUAGAGACACUUAAUAGCGCGUUUUUGAGUUUCAAAAGAUUACGACCCCCCCGCCCUUUGCCUCACAAUGGUUUGAUCCACUGCCAGUUCUUUAGCUGGCAAUGUAGUAGAGGGUUCGUAUCUACUGUCUGAAAGGCACUCAAUGUACGUAACUGACGUGAGGAUAAUCAAGUCAAUCGCGCCAUAUCAAUGUUGUUGUUUUUUAUGUUUGCAGGGUUCACACACACACUAGCUGAAUUUGCAGAGCAAGCGCGCAAACUAAAGCAAACAUUAACUAUCAAGCUAGCUAGUACCUAUUCCAUUUAUGUGUUGUCGUCAAAGAUGGAAUCUUUGCUAUCGUCAGUUGAUUCCAAGAUCAGCAUGCAGCUGUAGAACUACACUCUCUUCUACCAUUGUCUUAAAUAUAUUUAAUGCUCUCGCUGCAAAAGCUAAAUUGUCGCUAGUGAACUUUUAAUUAUUGUUAUUUUUUAUUUAACCUUUAUUUAACCAGGUAGCAAAGAUUAUAGCAAACACCACAGAAACGAAAUUGGUGCUCGCUAAGCUUUACAAAUUCAGCUAUAGUUGGGAGUCAGCCAAUAUGAAACAAACUAUAUUAAAAUUACAAAAGGUUGCAGCAUAUGUUGUGUAAAUGUGUGUGUGCAGCUAGCCAGCCAGCCAGGUAGAAAAAUGUCAGAAAAAAGUAAAAAGACGGACAUCAGAGUAUCUUUCAGUACACUAAAACGCAAAGCAGAGCAGGCAACAGAUGGCACACAGACAGCAGAGCUGGGGACAGAUGGCACACAGACAGCAGAGCUGGGGACAGAUGGCACACAGACAGCAGAGCUGGGGACAGAUGGCACACAGACAGCAAAGCUGGGGACAGAUGGCACACAGACAGCAGAGCUGGGGACAGAUGGCACACAGACAGCAGAGACAGGGAGUCUCAGGCUGUGCUGUGUGACCAGAUCUCACCAUGAGUUCCAGAGUAUGUAAUAACUGUGGGGGCACGGACAUCGAUGUGGACCAGGCCAGAGGUGAUGCCGUGUGCAUGGGCUGUGGCUCUGUCCUGGAGUACAACGUCAUUGUGUCUGAGGUCCAGUUCAUGGAGACAGGAGGGGGAGGCUCCUCGGCUGUGGGACAGUUCGUAGCUGGAGACGCCUCUGGAAGGAACCCAACUUUUGGAGAAGGGUUCUAUAAAGGUGUUGGAAGGGAGUCCCGGGCCCAGUCCCUGCAGAACGGGAGACGUCAGAUCAACACGCUGGGCCACCAGCUGCAGCUGAACCAGCACUGCCUGGACACAGCCUUUAACUUCUACAAGAUGGCUGUGUGUAAACACCUGACAACGGGCCGACGGGGGGCCCACGUGGUGGCUGCAUGCCUCUACCUUGUCUGCAGGACAGAGAGGACACCUCACAUGCUGCUUGACCUCAGUGAAAAUCACAUUGUAAAUCUUUACAUCCUGGGUAGAACCUUUCUGGUGCUGGCCAGAGUGCUCUGCAUCAACGCCCCCGCCAUAGACCCCUGCCUGUGCAUCCCUUGCUUUGCUCACAUGCUGGAGUUUGGGGAGAAAAACCAUGAGGUGUCCAUGACAGCACUGCGACAGCUGCAGAGGAUGAAGAGGGACUGGAUUCACACUGGACGGAGGCCAUCAGGACUGUGUGGCGCAGCCCUGUUGGUCGCUGCUCGCAUGCACAAGUUCCGCUGUACCAUCAAAGAAAUCAUCAGUGUAGGGAAGGUGUGUGAGGCCACACUAAGAAAGAGGUUGAAUGAGUUUGAGGACACGCCCAACAGUCAGCUGACCAUUGAGGAGUUCAUAAAAGUGGAUCUCGACCAGGAAUGUGACCCGCCCUCUUUCAUCGAUGGCCAGAGGAAUAAAAGAAUGAAGCUGCUUGAGGAAGAAUUGGAGAAGAAGAUUGGUUAUGUUCAAGGCGAGAUCCAUGAAUACCAGGAUGAGAUUGAGAUGGAGCAGAGCCGGCCCAAGUUGAGAGUGAUGUAUGGGUCCUAUGCAAAAACAGGUACGGCACAGAUGGGUCCUUCUGCGCUCGUCAGCCAUGAGAGGGAGGACGAGGAGCUGAAAGCUGUGGCCCAGCAUCUCAACAAGGACCUGUGUGACCAGGUUCUCCCUGGAGAGGAAGAGGAAGGGUGUGGAGAGAGGCACGAGGAAAGACCUCCACGCAGAGGCCCAUCGUUGGUCUCCCUCCUAGGGCCCAUGCCCACCGCAGCCAACCUGGGCCUCCCAGAGUCCAUCAGCAAGUCCCCCGAAGAGGAGAAGGAGAACGAUGGGGACACUGAAAAUGGAGAGCUCGACCUAAGUGGUAUUGAUGAGAUUGAGCUGGUGAAAAUCAAGACUGAUCUUUGGAUGAAACAGAACGAAGACUACUUGAAAGGAAAGGAAGAGAGGAUAGCGAAAGAGAAGGAGCUGGGGAUUUACAAGGAGAAGCCCAAGAGUUCGGCCUCCAAAAAGAAGGUUCUGAUCCAUGCCAGCACGGCAAACGAGGCUAUAGAGAAGAUGCUGGGACAGAAGAAAAUUUCCACUAAAAUCAACUACGACAUCCUAAAGGAGCUGAACGUUAAGCCCAGCACCAGUCCAGCCCGCCAGAUAGCACAGUCACCAAAAGGAGCCACCCCUGGAGACCAGAGGCUGACUGGACAAUACCGCAAACCCCUCAAUGUCCCUCUGAGCCUGGGCACACCACUCAGCACCUUGGGAAAGAGGUUACGGCCCUUCAUAUCAGCACAACCCCAUAAGAAGCUGGCUCUGGACCAGAUAGCCAACCCCCUGCCGGCGCCCCCUGAGGCGGCGCCCCACUGUGCUGAUAGAGAGUGGGCCUGUGGUCUAUGAUGAGGAGGAUGAGGAAGAGCCCUGCAGCUGUUGGGAGGCAACGAGUAUGGAUGUGAUGACGAUGAUGGAUUCUAGCACUACUGGGUCUGGCCUGUUUCUCUGGACUGUUGUGCUACUGUAUCAGCCCUCCGACCCCUGUCCACAGACCUACACAUGACACAUGACUUGUAUGCUCUCAGGGAGGUUGGAGGUGAUGACGAGGGUCCGUUUCUCCUCAGGAUAUCUCCUUUAACUAGGAAAGAGGUUGUGGGUAAUAUUGUGCUGGAUCUAACAAAGAGACAUUAUGGUUAGUCUAUCUUCCUUCCAGGUCACUCAAGUAUAUGUUGCCCCCCUCCCUCUAUCAUGGCCAAUUCUGUCUCUGUAUUCACAUGAAAGUACACUACCUAAUGGUGAGAUGUGUUGGGAACAAUUGUCUCUCCCAGCUAAUAUGAGAACGCGUAUUAGUCCAAUCAGUGUUACAAUCACAGCUACUUAAGAACAAAUAAUGAAAAAUCUGUAUGGGAGUUUACUUCUCGAAAACAAAAUAUUGCAUUAAUGUUGCCUUGAAUAUGCCAAACCAUAUGGCGUAUGUUUUUCAGUUGAACUGGUAGCAUUUUUUAUAUAUUUUUCAACGCUGUUAUUUCUUGCAUUAUGUGGUAUGAUUUCUCAUGACAUUCUUUAUGGAGAAAUAUUCUACAAAAUGUUUUGAAGGGAUCAGGAAGUGUUAAUCAUUUGUACGUAGAACUGGCAAAUAUCUGAAUUAUUGUUGAUGAUGAACAAAGCAAUCUUAUGCAUUCCUAAUUAAUGACAUAAUUGUGUUCUGGAUUUAUUUUGUAAAUGAGCUUUUAUGGUUAUAUAUUUUCAAAUGUUGAUUGGGAGGAUGAAUGGUGAUUUGUUCAAUAUGUUCUUGAUGUACAGCUGUAUUUAAGGAGGUGAGGAAAUUGCUCAUUUUCCCAGCCCUCUCUCUCCUUUUUGCUGCUCCUGUACGUGUGUGAAAGUGUUGCCUCAGUAAAUCUCCUACCAAC